CGCGCGGGAUUUGCAAGUAGGAGCUUGGAGCGGAGGAGGAAACGUGCACGCGCACCUGUUUUAGGCGCAUUACGGUAGAGUCAAUUGUCCUCCAAACACAUCACCGCCAGUGCGCGCGAGCGCGAGUAAUCCUACACUGAUUUCUCCACGAAAGAGAAAGAGUGCGCGAGGUGCGGGACAGGGGGAUGCCAACGAGGGCGAAGCGUUGCUGAGACUCGACACAGAGAAAGAAAGUGACACAGAAGAGAAGAAAAAAGGGGCAGGAAAAAAAGGAACGAAGAGGAACAAACAAACGAGGAAGAAGCUCCGGAGCGACGUGCUCGUUUUCGCUUUCACCAACUUUUCUCCUCGUGCGGUGACCAUGAGCUAGUGUGCGCGAGGUACUCGGUAUUGUUCCUGCUUAUCGUCUCGUCCUGAGGAAGCACAAGGAGAAACGCACAAAGACGAAGGACUAAUAAAGACUAUUCAAGUCAUUACAAAGUAAUGAUCCAGAGAUAUUGACCCCAGAGCGCACGUUUUUUUUUGUUUUGUUUUUUUUUUUUUGUUUUGUUUCCUUUCUUUCCGUUUUGUUUUGUUUAGUUUUUUUUUGUUUGUCGCAUCUUCCUGCGUCUCAUUUGGCGUGUGAGCGGCUUUUGGAAUCAUCACCGGGACGCGUUGCAUCCAACCAAGGAGCGAGAACAUCCACAUGGUCGUGCGCGCGCCCUGAAACUUCACUUCUUCCGAGUUUGCCAACAGGUGCCACGUGAUGAUGGUAGAAUCAGCAACUGAGACCAUUCGAACAGCGUCCUCCAACCAAAACGGAGUCAGCAGCCUAACCAGCCAGUCGGAGGGCGGAGGGAGAGAGGGCGGAUCCAACGGUGAUGCCAAUGGGGAGAUCAGCCCCGUGGAUUUACUGCACCUUCAACAGCAGCAGGCUCUCCAGGCAGCACGCCAGUUUCUUCUUCAGCAGGCCACAGGACUCACCUCACCUAGCAGUAACGAGGUCAAACAGAGCCCUGUACAGGUGCCCGUGUCCAUGGCAAUGAUGACCCCACAGAUGAUCACUCCUCAGCAGAUGCAGCAGAUUCUUUCACCUCCACAGCUGCAGGCACUGCUCCAGCAGCAGCAGGCUCUCAUGCUGCAACAGGGAGCCUGGUGUCAAGUGGGGACAAUCUUGGACAAGGUGGCACAAUCACACAUACUCCAGUCAAUUUCGAGAUGCCAAUCAUACAAUAACGCAUGUCUUUGGACUGAGGGAGGAAACCAGAGAACCCAGAGGAAACCCAAAGCACAGCAAAAGGGAACUGAACCUUCAACCACAGAGUUGCAGGAGUACUAUAAGAAACAGCAGGAACAGCUGCAUCUCCAGCUUCUCAGCCAACAGCAGCAAGCAGGGAAGCAGGCCAAAGAGCAGCAGCAGUUGGGCAGCAAACAGCUUGCGUUCCAGCAGCAGCUGAUCCAGAUGCAGCAGCUGCAGCAGCAGCACAUUCUCAACCUUCAGAGGCAAGGCCUUGUCGGAAUACAACCCAGUCAAGUCCCCAUCCAGAGCCUGCAGCAAGCCAUGUGUCCCACGGACCUGCAGCAGCUGUGGAAGGACAUGGCGAGCGUGCAAAACCCAGACGAGCCCAUCAAGCACGAGGGGCUCGACCUGAGCACUAACAGCUCCAACUCUACCUCAUACACAGCCUCCAAAGUUUCACCUCAGAUCCCCCAUCAUCCUUUGCCAAAUGGACAGAACUCCAUGCACACUCCAAAGAGAGACAGAGCAAGACUCUUUGAAUGGAUCUCGUCCUUCACCAAAGGGGAGUCCAGUGACGAGCAUCUCAUCUCUUACCCCAAAGGCACUCCUCUACAGAGUACCCAGUUGUCCCAUGAGGAACACACAGCUUCUCACCCACUUUACGGCCAUGGAGAGUGUAAGUGGCCUGGCUGCGAGGCGCUCUGUGAAGACAUGGGCCAGUUCAUUAAGCACCUCAACAGCGAGCAUGCCUUGGACGACCGCAGUACAGCGCAGUGUCGAGUGCAGAUGCAGGUCGUUCAGCAGUUGGAGAUACAGCUGGCCAAGGAAAGCGAGCGACUGCAGGCAAUGAUGACCCACCUGCACAUGCGUCCAUCAGAGCCAAAGCCUUUCAACCAACCGCUGAACUUGGCGUCGAGCGCCUCUCUGUUGAAGCGGGACAGCGACCCUUUUCCCGAGGGUUUACCACACCCUCCCACUUCGGCAGCAGCUCCCAUCACCCCCCUGAGGCAGGGCCCGUCCGUCAUCAGCUCCUCCAGUCUACACGGUGUCGGUCCCAUCCGCCGGCGCAAUUCCGACAAGUACUGCACCCCCAUCGCGUCUGAGCUAGCCCAGAAUUGUGAAUUCUACAAAAACGCUGACGUCAGACCUCCGUUCACAUACGCUUCUCUGAUACGGCAUGCUAUUCUUGAGUCCCCUGAGCGACAGUUGACUCUCAAUGAGAUCUACAACUGGUUCACACGAAUGUUCGCCUAUUUCAGGAGAAAUACAGCAACCUGGAAGAAUGCCGUGCGCCAUAACCUGAGCCUCCACAAAUGCUUCGUGCGAGUGGAGAACGUCAAGGGGGCUGUUUGGACUGUGGACGAAGUGGAAUACCAAAAGAGGAGACCACCAAAGAUGACCGGAAGUCCCACUCUGGUGAAGAAUAUGAUCUCUGGAUUGGGCUUUGGUUCCUUGAAUGCCAGCUACCAGGCAGCGCUUGCGGAGAGCAACUUGAGCCUCCUGAACAGCCCCACGCUGAUAAACAGCACAGCAGCCAGCCUCAACAUGCUGCACGUGGGUCAUGAUGAUGUGAGCAGCACCGUGGAACAAGUGAACAGCAACGGCAGCUGCAGCCCCGGCUUGUCUCCACAACAAUACGGACAUCAGAUACACGUGAAGGAGGAACCUGCAGAGCUUGAGGAGGACAGCCGGCCCAUGUCCCUCAUUGCGUCCGUCACUCAGAACCUGAGCAUGCCCAGUGACGAUCGCGACAUGGAGGAAGAGCUUCCCACAGAGGAGCUGGAGUAAAGGUGGGCAGGGUUUACGGUCCCCGCCUUUCCUUGUCACACAAGGCAUAAAUAACCACAAAGAGGAAAAACAAAGAGAGAUGAUAUGGAACAACCCCGACAUCAAGAAAACAAAACAGGGUGUACCUCUCAUCAGUCCAUCGUGCAUUUAAUUUUAUUUUCUCUCUUUUUAGCUGUUUUUUUUAUUUGUCUCUCUACUUUUCCUCAGUAGAUUUUGUCAGUAAAUGUUUUAAAGUCCCAAAGACUAGUUUUAAGUCUCUUGUGUAUUUGAGACUGGUGCAGCCGGUUUGUAUCCCGUGCUCGGAACAGUCCGUCUCAGACUGACAGCAAACGCACCACCGGUCCCCCAAAGAGCCUCACUCUGCUCCUACUGUCUUAUCAGCUUUAGUUCAUUUCUAUUUUUAUUUUAUUCUUUUGCCUGGCCUGAGAACUGCUUUGGGAUAAAACUGCAGCUGUGGUUUACCUCGGAACGACGUUCACGGAUCCAACAACGGAGAACACAAACUAAACCAUUAAGACAGAACUUCAGCUUGGUUCUAUCCUGGACUUUUACAGUAGGUUCUGUCAGGGGUUUCAUGCCUCUUUAUUGAACAACAACAACAACAAAAAGGGAUCAAAACAUGACCAGAGCAAUUGACUCCUUUCUGUCUUACCCUGACAUUUGACCUUAAGAUCAGUGAACUCUUAGGUUAAAAAAAAAGAGUGGUGGAAUUUUCCAGUCUUGGACCAGUGUUAACAUUUUGUGGUCUCUAACUCUAACUGGCUCGCUCUGUCUUCGUCUGAUAUCUGAUGGCGAGAAACCAAACAGCUAUCUCUUUCUCUCUCUGUCUCUCUUUCGGCUUCUGUUAUAAAAAAAAAAAAAGAAAAGAAAAGAGUUGAAAUCGUUCCCAUCACCAAUCUUACCCUCCAAACAAAAAGAACAUCUUUUUCAGGACCAACUGUUGUGUGCACACUGGCAGCCACGAUGAAGCGUCAGAGCAGAGACGUGACUCUUACAUGACUCUUUGAUUCAAACGUGCGUGACGUAGUUUCCGAUGCUUGUUUAAAAAGUUUAUUUCGCACUCAUUAUCUCACAGUCAACGACUUCUACAGGAUCAGCCUUUCACAUUGUGGUAAAGUGUUUCACUUUAGUUCUGCGUAUGUAGGUUGAUUUUUUUGCUGUUGUUAUUAUAUAUUUUUUUAAACUGAAGAAUUAUCACCAUUCCAAAUUGGCUGGAUUUUAGGUACAGUAGCGACAGAAAACGAGAACCAGAAAAAAUGAUGGAGAUUUUAAUACCAAGAAGCUGGGCUCAAUCAGAGAGGGGUUCGAAUGUACAGGUUCCCUGAAAGAUCAGUUACAGGCACUCUUUUUUUUUUCCUUCUUUUUUUUUAAAGCAUUUAUCAUUGCAUUUCAGAAAUUCCACUGAAAAUUCAGCUGCGAUACAAAGCGUUGUUUUAAAGAGAUGAUAUUGUGGUCACAGAAUACCUCAAUCCACGGUAUUCCCUCACCUCGUUCUGGGGGAUUCUUACUGUGGCCUAAACUAUUUCAAAGAUCUCUACAUCAUCUAGAUACACUAAUGCUUAACGAAAUGUCUGGUUAGCAUGUGAGAUUUUCCAAAUGUUAGCUUUCACAUAAACAAACAUUCAUAGCAGUGGCAUGCCAAAUUCAAGUUUUCAUUUUAUUUCUUAUCCUCCCAAUUUAUUUUCGUUACAGGUUACCAAAGAGAUUUGUAGUAAAACCAAAUACCCUCCAUUUUUUUUCUUGUCUUUUCUUUUGUUCCUUCUUAAAGAAAGUGUCCAAAAAAAUGAUUCCUUAAAUUAUUAUGCUGUUGUUUUAUUUGAUUUUUAUAUAUAUAUAUAUUUCUUUUUGUUAAGUUUAAGUGAUCUGUUAAAGACUAGCACAGAACAUUCCAAAAACCAAAGUGUAAGGUGUAAAAGAGAAUUUGGUGGUUUAAGAAGAAGAAAACAAAAAAUACUGUUUAAAUAUAGUAUGUAAAGUGAAUGAUGUUAAUCCUAUGGGGUGUAAGGCCAAAAAGAAGCAGUUUCGUCAUGCCUCGUUCGGUUCCUUAGAUGAUAAAGCACUUAACAAACAAAAAAAACAGAAAGCUCUACCCUCUCACGCUCAGGCAACGACAAAGUGUUAUGAACACAACCUUCAAAAAUGCCUCAAGGUCUAAAGAUAUAAAUACUUUUACAGACAAAAGGCACUUGGACGACAAACGCUCAAUACACAAAUCCUCUUUUUUAUUAGGUAUGUUUUUCUUUUUUUUUAGCAAAAUACUCAUUUUUCAUCCUCCUCGCAUUGUGUUGGGUUUUCUCCACACGGUCUUUGCUAUUUCAUCCCUUUUCAGCUGAAGGAUAACAGACAGGAAGAGAUCGGCUAGAGAAAAGAUAAACAAAGCAGACAUCCGAGGGCCAGCUUCAAUGAGAAUUGCACUUUGUGUUUAAUCUGAGAGGAACUUUUUUCUUAGUUUUUUUAAACAAUACACACUCAUUCUUUUCCUUUUGUUUUUAACCUACGUUUGUUUAACGCACCUGCUACGGGAAUAGAAACGAUAUAAAACCAAAAAUAUUGCUACCUCCUUUUUGAAAUAGUCCACAAAAUAAACGGCCAAUGAAAACCAUCCAUAGUUAUCAUACAUACACACCGUCUUGUUUUUUUCAUUCAUCCUUUAAUGAAAAAUAGUCGAGAACCAAAAUAUGCUUGUGAACUAAAAGCUUGUCUGGCGAUCCUUGAUCCUGAAUUCAUUUGCAUGAAUGAAACCAAGCAAACAACAGACACAUACACACACACACACACACACACCCCAUGCUGACAAAAAAAAGUAAUGACUACCUCUCACAUUGGAAAAAAAAUGCUGAGUCUUGUUAAGUGCAAAGCAUUAAACGGUCAACGUUAUUUAAAAAAAAAGGGUCUAUUCCAAAUUGCGCGUCCACCAUCUUUAAGUGAUCUAUUAGCAUAGUGUCUGUGUACAGGUCUGAGGCGAGGAGGCAUUAAUUGCGUGCUCUAAUUCUGCAUGCAUAACGAGGGACCAGGCCCUGCUUUAAGCCAAUGAGGCGGCCGGUCAUUAGAGCACGCUCAAUGGGCCAGUGUCAGAAAUGAUGAUGGGCAGAAUGCAUUAACGUGGGUCGUCUCGUUCAAACGGCCCCCCGGCUUUCCAAUUAAUGCAAAGCGUGGCUUUAUGGCGGCUUCGGGUCAGGGGGGAGAAAUAAAAGAGCACAGACACCCGCACCGUGCAGAGCACUUGAGUGUAGCAGUGACUAACCACGAGUUUUGUUUUGUUUGUAUUGGGUUUUUUUUUCUUCUUCUUUUCUCUUUCUCUUCAUCCUUGAAAAUCACUCAAAAAAAAAACAAAACGAGCUGCAAAGAAGCCGGCCGGUGGUAGUAAUAGUCGUAGAAGCGCUGGCGCAAAAAAAAUAAAUAUAAAAUAAACGAGUAAAAACCCAGAAUAUCCCAAAGAUUUAACGUCCAUGGUAAAGACGACUACGAUAAGGCUUAGAAACAGGAAGCGUGCUGAAUCUCACAGUAAUAAAGGAACUGCUGCAUUAAUGAAAGAACGUCAAUCGUGCUUUAAGGUACACACCUGUAAACAAAAGUUGUUUUAUAAAGAUGUAGACUGAUGUACGUCAGUGGUAUUAGCGAUCACCAUAAUGUUUUCUUUUGUUAAUCUUGUUGUAAUGAUGUAUUAUUGUAUAUUACAGCUUGGCUUGGCUCUCAAGGGCAACCCCCCCCCCCCCCACACACACACACACACACACACACCUUUUUAUUUUAUUUUUUUGUCUUUAUAUUUUUUUUGCAGUUUUUUAUUUUAUUUUUUAUUUUAAUUUCUUACAAUCCUCUAGCUAUUGUAAAACUUCCUAUACUGUAUUGCUUAUGCUGUAUGUAUUUAUCAUAUUAUGUGCUGCAAGUAUCAUUAUUUUCACUCCUGUUUUUAUUUUUAUUUUACUUUCGCCUUCACAAAACAUCUGGGACGAUGCUUUUUUUUUUUUACGUGUAUUAUCUCAAAAAAAAAAUCUAAAUUAGGUUAAGUGGUUUAGGUAAAAAAAAAAUGAGAAAAAAAAAACACCAGUUUGUAUAUUUAUCUUAGUUAGGUCUAUUUUGAUACUUUUUUGUCUCUGUAUUGCAUUUAUGCAUUUUUAAGGGUAAAAAGAGAGAAAACUAAAUUUUAAAAGAGUUUAAUUCAUUGUUGCAAUGAUACCUCAGAAGGACUUUUUUUUUUCCUCAAAGGACAGGACCAAAACCUCAAACAAGGAGAAAGAGGAAAAUACAAAACCUGAAGAAGAAAAAAUAUGUAGCCCUCUCUUGCUUUAAAAAAAAAGUACUUUGAGGUGUUUGUUGGUCCUUUUUUAGGUGCCAAUAGAUGUAUUUGUACAGAUUCCCUUUAAACCAAAUCAUUCCUGUAGUUUGCAGAAAAUGUCUCAAAGCUGUCGCUCACUUGGCAAUGGUGUUUUAUAUUACAAUUACGGCGAGUUUGUCUUUAUUCGUCACGUUUGGCUCAGAGCCCAGUGGACUGCGCAGCAAGGCUCUCAUUAGCUUAAUUGGCAUUAAUGGCUUAGUAAUUAAAAAUAAGCUGGUGCAUUGUCGUCAUUUUCAUGCCAUCAUUGAAUCUAUUGAUUUUUUUUUUUUACUGUUUUCUUUUUCCCUUUAUUUUCCUUAAAGAUGCAUUAAUUGAUCUCUAAAACAAUGGGACCAUGAUUUCUGUUACAACCUGUUUUUUUUUUAGGGUUAUUUAUGAUAUUAAUUAUUGAAAUCCUUCCGAGGCUGUGCUGAUUGGAUAGAAAUUAAAAAAAAAAAGGAAAAAAAAGAAAAAAAGCUUUUUACUUUUUUUUGUGGAAUACCAAACACCAUUCCAGUGUCACUGAAUUACACUGAAUCUGUGUUCGAUCAUUCCCUCCCCAAAUUUUAUUUUAUUAUUAUUAGUAGUAUUUUUUUUUUUAUAAAUAUACCAUUAUGUCUAUUGAGCUGUCUGAGCUCCAUUUCUGUGUGAUUGACAGUUUUAAUGUGACGUUAUCCAGGAAACAGGUUCUUGCCCAGGAGCUGUGACUGACGGUAUUAACUUUUUUCUUUUUCUUUUUUUUUUUUUUUGGUUUUCGGCCAAUCAAAUGGAUUUACCACUUUAGCUCUCGUUUCAUUUGCAUCUUAAGAAUGUGUGUACAUUUUUUUAAUCAGCAGUGAUUUCUAUGUACUUAGUUUAGUAUAAAUAUAUAUUUUUUGUUCUAUUUUUUUGUUUGUAACUUUCGAAUGAAAAUUUUAGGGGAAUGAACACAUGGUGGUUCUAAGAUGGUAUUAAAAAAAUAGUAAAAAAAAAAAAAAAAAGUAAAGGCAACUAGCCAGCCACCGUUAUUGUUUUUAACCCUGGGGUGACCGUGUUUAUGCCAGUCACUGCCAUUUUUCUUCAUGCUGUAUAAAAAAAACUACAAAAAAACAAACAAAAAAAACACAUAUAUCUGUGUAUUUGUAACCUGAAUCUUCAUGUGUCUGCUCAUGCAGACAAUAAAAAAACUGUACAGUAGUUCUAGUUGCAUGUAAUCUGUACUAAUUAUUGACAAUGGCAUUAUAAAAUGCAAUAAAAUACUUAUUACACUGUC